AUGCUACUAACUCCCAUUCACGUUCGCGGCCGUCGCAAAAUACGGGAUGAAGAUGAUGACGCUCCCAAGCCCAUUCCCAGCGGGCCCCGAGGCGGCCGGCCACUGCUAUCAGCCCAGGCGAAGCUCAGUUCAUCGCAGACUAGGAGCCACAAGCGCGCUCGUCUACUGACUACCACCCCACUCGACAAGCCGCGCAAGAAGAAAAAGCCAUCACUGCUGGAAUCUAUUCCCAAUGAACUCAUCGAGAAGAUCUUUCUGCAUUCUUUGAACGUGAACCUGGCUCGUUCGUCCCCAAUCCUUGCUGCGGCUGUGUCGACUGAGCGCAUCUACCGUGCUUUGAUCUUGUUGGCCUUCUGGGAUAACAGCACGGAGUUAUCUGCAUCACCCUACAGCCGUGAAUCGAGGGAUGCAAUUUCCCGAAGUCUACGACCAUUGGACUACACGCCUAUCAGCCUGGCGCAGCGGAAAGACCUGCAGACGGCUAUCCUUCACUGUAGAUGGUGUACCGUGCCGCGAAUACUCGACCAGUUACCGGAAUUGAUGAAUCUGGUCAUUCAACAACACUGGUUUGGUGCAGGAAUCAGCAUGGCCGAAGAGCAAGAGAAGCUGUUAGAUCGUGUGCUCAAUCUAGAAGAUGAUGCAAAUGUGUUCGAGGGCUUCGAAACCAUCAACACUACCCCUGACACAUCGACACCUGUACCCACAAACAACUACACCCUUGCCAUCAACCCUUCAAUAUCUAUUACCAUCACCAACUAUUCCAUCGAACAGGAAACCACGCACCCUUUCCUCAGCCCCUUGAUCAUUCCUAACAAAUAUCUUCAAGGGAGCACAGCUAGUGACUCCGCGCCGGCCACUCCCUCCUCAUCAUUAUCGGACGACGGCUUCACUCCAGCCUUGGUCACCUACCUUGAAAUCCACCGACGCUCCCUAGGAUUUAACAGUGUUACUCUUCCCCUGAGACCCCCUAAACAUCCUCUCAUCCUUUCUCGUCCCUGCUUGCAACAAGGAAUCCAUACCGCCAUCGUAUCCAACAAUCUUUCCGCUCUCCUCACCCUCCUCAAACUGGACGAGUUCUACUUCCGCGUCACCGAACAGCAACACCUUACCGCGCAGGACCAGGACCAGGAUCAGGAGCCGGUCAUCCCCUACGCGUUAUCUGCUGGGCACUUCCGCACCGCGGUGCGCUUGGCCCCGCGCAACCCGGAAUUCUUCCAAGCACUCGUGCGGGCGAACGCCGAGUCGGUCCCCGCCGACGACCCCGAGAUCACGGAUUGGGCAAUGCGCCUUCAGGAUCCGUUCGGCCGGUGGCUGUUGGAGCUGAUGCUGCGGCUGCCCGAGCAGACGGCGGCGGCGAAGCGCAAUCCGGUCCAGAACUCGGUGUUCUGGAUGGGGCGGGCGAAUGCGGACAGACGUGAACUGGCGAGCAUGUAUCUGCGGGACGUGUUGGGCGGGGUGGAGGGGCUGGAGAGUUGGAUGGGCGAGAUGCAUGUCCCACUGUCAUUGCCAUCCUCGUGA